AUCAUAUAUGAAGUCACUUGUUGACUGUGACAAGCCUCUCUGUUCUUUUGUCACCAGUGAUUGCAUUUCCUCAUUUUCUGUCCUUCUCGUAAACAUACCUGGAGAGAAAUGGUGUAAAAACUUAAGUUGGGACAGAGGAAACAUUUCUCACCGAAGGAAUAUAUAUAUGGCUAUGUCUAGCUGUUCCAUGCUGACCAAUGAAAUGAAUUUGACCCACCAACGAUGACCUCAAACCUAAUAUCAAAAAGUAGGAUUGCCGAAGGAGAUCCUCGUCACAAGAGCCAUGAAGAAGUAUUACACAUGGUACAGCAGCUGCAAUCAGAGAACAAAAACUUGAUGCUCAACCAUGACACCAUGGUAAAGGACAUCAACCGACGACUACAGGUGCACUUGAUGGAGAUCCGAGGUCUGAAGAGCGUCAACCAAAAACUGCAGGAUGACAAUCAAGAGCUGCGAGACCUGUGCUGCUUCUUGGAUGAUGAGCGCCAAAGUGGCAAGAAGUUGGCUAAAGACUGGCAGAAGUUUGGUCGGUAUACAGCCAGUGUGAUGCAGACUGAGGUGAUGAACUACCACGAAAAAUUACGAGAACUUGAGAUGAAACAAGAAGAACUGAUUAAAGAUAACUUGGAAAUGCAAGAAUUGUGUCUUUACAUGGGCCGAGAACAUUUGUUUGACAACGACAGAGAUGAUGGAGAUGGCAGCAGUAAUGGGACAACAGGAGGCAAUGAGAAAAUUGAAGAAGUCAACCAAACUCAGACUCCAUCCGGUGACCAGUCAGGACAAAACUCUAUUCCUGAUCAAACAUUAAAUUAUAUACAACUUGAACAGCAAACAAACGAUGCUAAUAGUAAUUAUCCCAACACCUUCAAGCCACCUGGACCAGUUCGGGCUCAGAUGGUGACCAGCUGGAGCAAACCUGCAAACUGUAUUGGUAGUACAGCCAACCCACCCAGAACUAUGCAGUACUCUCAACAACAACAACAACAAUACUACCACCAACGGCAAGAGAAAUACCAUCAACAGCAACAACAACCCCAACAGUAUCAACAAAAUCUCCGACAACAACCUGAAGAGAAACAACAGAACCCUCCACCUCGCCCACAUCCACCGAAUUCUUCAUCUCAACCUGAUGCUGUUACACAUGCAAUGAAGGUGUUGGAAGUUCAUCAGCAACUGGAAUCUCCCAGGAAUAACAUUGACAGCAACAAUGAUCUUGGUGAUAAUGAAAAGGCCAUCGUUCGAGAAAUGUGCAAUGUUGUAUGGCGGAAGCUGGAAAGUGUAUCUCCUAGAAGACAAUAUCCUCACAAACAGUCUAAUUCUUUGUUGGAGCACGAGUCAGCAAAGACUUCACUACAAACUUCCCAGUCUAGGAACAGUCUCUCCAGACCACUACCGGCACAGCAGAAACAAUCAUCACAGCCGUACAUUGAGAAGCAACCAAGUGUCACAUCGUAUCCACAACAGUACUAUCCUCAUCACUCACCUCAAUCCCCGCCCCCCUCUCAGAAACUGGCCAAUUCUAACUCCAGAUACAGCAGCGCCAGUUCAUACAUGACCCGUUCUCGACAGUCUUCUUCAUCAACUCUUUCACCAACUUCAAAAGUCAAACCCAUGCCAUACUCUGCCACAGAAAAUAGAAUUGAUCAACGCCAUUUUUAAAGUUGGGCAUUCUUAGAGGAGUGUUCCUCACCACGAACUCUUUCGUGUACUUUAGCUUGCUCGAGUACAGAAUUGUGUGUGUGUGCAUAUAUAUAUAAAUAUAUAUAUAUAUAUAUAUAGUGCAUACAUGGAUAUGUGUAUAUGUAUAUGCGUGGGUAUAAAUAUAUUUGAGUAUGUUUGUAUGGGUGUGUGUGUGUGCUUGAGAGAGAGAGAUUAUAUUAAAAAUAAUAAGCAGAUAAUCUAACAUCCCACCAAUUAACAACAUUGUAAUUAUCUGCAGAACAGAUAACUAAUUUUGAAGAAAUUU